CUCCUAAUGCUUUAAUAUAGUUUUCCAGGUGUGAACACUGAGUCUCGAGACCGUUUUAAGAUGCAGCUGUUAAACCUAUUAUCAGUGUCCCUGCUAUCAAAGACGUGGUGUUCAGGGCUGCACGUAACCACUGAGCAAUUAAACAGCAACCCUGGUGAUGAAUUACAGCUGAGACCUCCUGGGGCUAAAUAAAUACCAGCUGCGCAUCCUUCCAGCACUGGAGCUGUGUGGUCUCACAGAGCCAUCAUGAAGCUCCUGCCUGUUGCCCCUCUCCUCCUGCUUCUCUUGACAGCACUGGAAGCCAGACCAAAACCUGCAGCGCUGAAGUGCAGGACAGGUCCCCUGGACAUCGUGUUUGUGAUCGACAGCUCCCGCAGCGUGCGUCCCUUCGAGUUCGAGACCAUGCGGCGCUUCAUGACGGACAUCAUCAGCAGCCUGGACGUGGGCCCCAAUGCCACGCGCGUGGGGGUCAUCCAGUACUCCAGCCAGGUGCAGAACAUCUUCUCCCUCAAGACCUUCUUCACGCAGGCGGACAUGGAGAGGGCCAUCAACAGCAUCGUCCCGCUGGCCCAGGGCACUAUGACGGGGCUGGCCAUCCAGUACGCCAUGAACGUGGCCUUCAGCACGCAGGAGGGCGCGCGGCCCCUGCACAAGGGGAUCCCCCGCAUCGCCAUCGUCGUGACGGACGGGCGGCCCCAGGACCGCGUCACCGAGGUGGCCGCGCAGGCCAGGAACGCUGGCAUCGAGAUCUACGCCGUGGGGAUCCAGCGGGCUGACAUGAGCUCGCUGCGGGCCAUGGCCUCCCUGCCGCUGGAGGAGCACGUCUUCCUGGUGGAGUCCUUUGAGCUCAUCCAGCAGUUCGCCAAGCAGUUCCAGGACAAGCUUUGCGGGGUGGACACGUGUGUGGAGCGGGAGCAUGGCUGCCAGCACAGCUGCGUCAGCACCCCUGGCUCCUUCUACUGCGAGUGCAACCCAGGCUACAGGCUCAACGUGGAUGGAAAGACCUGUUCCCCCAUCGAUGCGUGUGCAGACGGGAGGCACGGCUGCCAGCACCACUGUGUCAGCGUGCGGGGCUCCUACUCCUGCCGCUGCCGGCCUGGUUACUACCUCAGCCACAACAAGAGGAGCUGCAUCAUGAUUGAUUACUGCAGCUUUGGGAACCACAGCUGCCAGCACGAGUGUGUGAGCAUCCCCAACGGGCACUACUGCCGCUGCCGCAGCGGCUUCACGCUCCAGCCCGACAGCAAGUCCUGCAGGGCCACCGACCUCUGCAACGGGGUGGAUCAUGGCUGUGAGUUCAAGUGUGUGAGCACAGAUGGCUCCUACCACUGUGUGUGCCCCGAGGGCCAGCAGCUCCAGGCUGAUGGCAAGACAUGCAGCAAGUGUGGAGCUGGCCAUGUCGACCUUGUGAUGGUGAUCGACGGUUCCAAAAGUGUCCGGCCCCAGAACUUUGAGCUGGUGAAGCAGUUUGUGAACCGUAUUGUGGACCUGCUGGAGGUGUCCCCCCACGGCACACGGGUGGGACUGGUGCAGUACUCCAGCCGUGUGCGCACCGAGUUCCCCCUCAACAAGUACCACAGUGCAGAUGAGAUCAAGAAGGCGGUGAUGGACGUGGAGUACAUGGAGAAGGGCACCAUGACAGGCCUUGCCCUCAAGCACAUGGUGGAGCACAGCUUCUCUGAGCUGGAAGGUGCCAGGCCUCUCUCCCACAACAUCCCCAGAAUUGGGCUGGUCUUCACAGAUGGGCGCUCCCAGGAUGACAUCUCCGAAUGGGCCAGGAGAGCAAAGGAAUCAGGGAUUGUCAUGUUUGCUGUGGGUGUUGGAAAAGCUGUGGAAGAAGAGCUGAGAGCAAUCGCCUCUGAGCCAGUGGAGCAGCACUUCUCCUAUUCAGCAGACUUCACCACCAUGACCCACCUUGUGGAGAACUUCUCCCUGAAUAUCUGCCCAGAGGAGGGCAAAGGGGAGACCGAGAUCCGCAGCCCGUGCGAGUGCGAGGCGCUGGUGCAGUUCCAGACCAACACCGUGGCCAUCCUGCAGAGCCUGACCGAGAAAAUUGCUCAGAUGACAGCCAGACUUGAAGACUUGGAAAAGCAGAUUGCCAACAAGAAGUGAUCCUGGCAGAGGCUGCAGUGCUCGGCAGGGCACGGGGAUGGAUGUACAGUAGCUGCGUGACAUUGUUAUUGCUAGGUUAUCAUAAAGCAUCAGUUGUUUGUUCUUGUAUUGCAAAAUCCCCAGGGGGGCACGGACUGUAUUUAAAAAUCCUAAAAACUCAAGAGAUGGAGCUUGAAAGCCUCUGCUGCAAAGCCAAGGGGUUCAGUUGUUCCUUGGCGGGUCUGGGAUGAGAGGGGGCAACUGUGUGGGCAGGCCGGUCAUUGGACAGAGAUGACACCUGGUGUCCCCCAGAGUGACUGGGAUGGCACAGUCCCCCUGGACGCUGGCAGGCUGCUUUGCAAGAGAGAAAACCUACAGUGGUGUCACCCUGAGAGCUUCUGCUGUUUCAGCACUGCCUCCAAGUGGUGGGGCAGGGACAGCUGGGUGGUGCAGGCAGCACGGGAGAUGCCUGAUGCCCAGCUGGCUCCCAGUGUGGUGCCCUGGUGGGCUCCCAUGGGAAGGUGGGCGGCAGGAAUUCUUAGAUCCCCUUGCCCUGGUUCGGCAGAAUAGUUUGGAAAUUGGUAUUAAUCUUGUUUGGUUUUAUAAUCACAAAAUAUAGCAAAACGGUAAUUAUUCUUUCUAUCAAUAUCAAUGCGUGUGUAUAUAUAUAUAUGUAUAUUUAAUUCUGAGAGCAGGGUAGUGCUGUUUUUAAACUCUUGAUUCAUAUAAAGGAAUUUCUAUCCUGACAAUAAACACCCUGAAGAUUUGUA